AUGAAGCAUAUAUUUACAAUAGUUCUAAUCAUAGGAGCGGCAAUCUGCAUUCAAGGAUAUAAAAGAUUCGGUCUCGAUUGUGAGGAUAUUGCCUGCGAAUCGGGUGAAAGAUGUAUUAUAUCCAGGAUACCAUGCAAUGCUCCCGACCAAAAGGAAGGAAUACAAUGUGGAACUUAUCCGGAGUGUGAAAAAGAUCAGCUGGCCAGGGAUUUCUCCAUCGACACCACACUGACCAUCGCCAACACCCGCAGUAGCAUCAUCAUACCCAGCACCAGCACGAUUCGCAAUCGGACGGACACGGACACGGGCACGGGCACGGAUACGGAUAUGGACUUUGAGCUGCUGACCGAUUUGGGAAAUCCGGAUAAUUCCGCCACGCACGCGGGUCAGACUCAGGCCAAUGUCCUGGUGAUUGUGCAGGAUGGGUCACAGCCUCAGCUUCAGCCAAAUCCUUGGCUAAAUCGCAGGCAGAAUGUGCCCUGCACAGUGAAUCCCCUGUAUCCCUAUGCCUGCAAUUAUCCCGGCUACGUGCCCAAUCCCGGCAUGGGAUUACCAUCCUAUCCGCAGGCAAGGUCGGCCAAUGGCCCUCAAUUAGUUCCACCCACGCCGCCCUGCUAUUACAAUUGCUAUCCCAGAGUGGGGACCAGUCCUUAUGGACAAUACAGGGGAUAUCCCCUGGCCAGGUCGGCCAAUCCCUCAUCGACCAAUAACUAUUUGCUAUACCUUACGCUGUCCUCCGCACCGUUUCCGGCGAUCGCCGCAAGUGCUAUAUCAACCGGUGGGAAUGCCGGCUCCACCGCCGCCACCUGGGUAUCCUUUACCACGUCCAAUACCCCGCCAGGCCGCGCCCCAAUAUCCUGUGAUCCGGCCUCAGCCCAAUUCCCAAUAUGCGAUCCAGAGCCAGACACAAGUGUCCCCCGGGUUUCAAAUCGAACUACUCGCCAGAUUCCCAUGCCUCCAAGACCCAUGCCAGUGCCAGGACCUAUGCCGAUGCCAGGACCCAUGCGGGUGCCGGGUCCAGUUCCAGUUCCAGGUCCCAUGAGUGUUCCACCAGUACCGGGACGAGCCUAUUAUCCGCCGUAUAUGGGACAACCGAUGCCAAUGCCCGGACCCAUACGGCCUCCGAUGCCCAUGAUGCCAAUGGUGCCACAGCCUGGAGUUCCAGGCCUUCCAAUGGGUGGCGGAGGUACUAGUAUUAUUGUGGAGCCUUUAGUCAUCCUUCCCAUGGGUGCAGCCCCGGGAACGGGCAUUAAUCCCAAUCAAUAUUAUGGGGCUAAUGGUGCUUAUCCCAGCUACAACAAUUACAAUCCAUAUAACACGUACACCACGCCAAUGCCAAACUAUGACUAUAAUAAUUAUAAUAACAAUAACUAUAAUAAUUACAAUAAUUACAAC